AUGGCUUCCAAGGCUUUCCCGCCGGCUUCGGCUCGCCUCAGCGGGCCCGAAAACGAGGACCUCUUCUGCUUGGAGCUCGAGGAUGGCUCCGCCUACCAGGGCUACAGCUUCGGUGCUCCCAAGAGCAUCGCCGGCGAGCUGGUCUUCCAGACCGGCAUGGUUGGCUACCCUGAGUCCGUCACAGACCCCUCAUACCGGGGGCAAAUACUCGUCAUCACAUUCCCCCUGGUCGGCAACUACGGCGUUCCGUCGCGGGAGACAAUGGACGAGCUGCUGCGGGACCUGCCCGCCCAUUUCGAGUCGUCCCAGAUCCACAUCGCCGGUCUCGUCACCGCCUCCUACUCAGGCGAGGACUACUCGCAUUUCCUGGCAACUUCUUCGCUCGGAACCUGGUUGAAGGAGCAGGGCAUACCGGCAAUGCACGGGGUCGACACCCGGGCAUUGACCAAGCACAUCCGUGAGAAGGGCAGCAUGCUUGGCCGCAUGCUUCUGCAAAAUCCACAAGCAGCUAAUGGCCUUCCCAAUGGCACCAUUGGCCAAACGAACGGUGUCCCGCAGGCCAUGAAAGACUGGAAGCCGUAUUUUGACGCCGUCGAUUGGGUCAACCCCAAUGAGAAAAACCUCGUAGCAGAGGUGUCCAUCAAGGCGCCAAAACUGUACACGCCCCCUGCAGACAUUGCCUUGAAGCACCCGUCGGGCAGGACCAUCCGUGUUCUCUGCCUCGACGUUGGCAUGAAGUUCAACCAGCUUCGAUGCUUCCUCAAGCGAGGUGUCGAGGUCCUCGUUUGCCCCUGGGACCACGAUAUCGUGGCACAGGCGGGUGACGAGUACGAUGGUCUGUUUAUCUCCAACGGUCCGGGCGACCCUUCUGUCCUGGAUGUCACCGUAAAGAACAUCGCAACGGCCAUGGCCAAGAACCGCACCCCAGUAUUCGGUAUCUGCUUGGGCCACCAGCUGCUCGCCAGAGCUGCCGGAGCCGGCACGACCAAGCUGAAGUUCGGUAACAGAGGCCACAACAUCCCUUGCACAAGUUUGAUUACUGGAAAGUGCCACAUCACGUCUCAGAAUCACGGUUUCGCCGUUGACAGCAAGACACUUCCCUCAGACUGGCAGGAGCUUUUCGUGAAUGCGAACGAUGGGACCAACGAGGGUAUAGCACAUGUCAACAAACCCUACUUCAGUGUUCAAUUCCACCCCGAGAGCACGCCCGGUCCACGUGACACCGAGUUCCUGUUUGAUGUCUUCAUCAAGACCAUCACCAACUGCGCUUCGGACAGCAGCCUCCUUUCAAAGCCUGUCAGCUUCCCCGGUGGCACAGCGGCCGAGAACGAGUCAGCGCACCCUCGCGUCAAGCCGAAGAAGGUCCUUGUGCUUGGUAGUGGUGGUCUCAGCAUCGGUCAGGCCGGUGAAUUCGACUACUCUGGUAGUCAGGCUAUCAAAGCCUUGAAGGAGGAGGGUAUCUACACCGUACUCAUCAACCCCAACAUUGCCACUAUCCAGACGUCCAAGGGUUUGGCGGACAAGGUCUACUUCCUGCCGGUGAACGCCGAGUUUGUCCGUAAGGUCAUCCAAUAUGAGCGGCCCGAUGCAAUUUACGUCACAUUUGGUGGCCAGACCGCUCUGCAAGUUGGUAUCCAGCUGAAGGAUGAGUUUGAGGAACUUGGAGUCCAAGUGCUCGGUACACCUAUCGAUACCAUCAUCACCACCGAGGAUCGUGAGCUCUUUGCUCGCAGCAUGGAAUCGAUUGGCGAGAAGUGUGCCAAGUCCGCUUCGGCGAGCAGCGUCGAAGAUGCCAUGAACGCAGUCAAGGAUAUCGGCUUUCCCGUUAUCGUGAGAGCCGCCUAUGCUCUUGGCGGACUGGGCAGUGGCUUCGCAAACGAUGAGGCCGAGCUUCUCGAUCUCUGCAACAAGGCUCUGGCUGCCAGUCCCCAAGUACUCAUCGAGCGCAGUAUGAAGGGCUGGAAGGAAAUCGAGUACGAAGUCGUCCGAGACGCUCAGGACAACUGUAUCACCGUCUGUAACAUGGAGAACUUCGACCCCUUGGGCAUUCACACUGGUGAUUCGAUCGUCGUGGCUCCCUCUCAGACGUUGUCUGACGAGGACUACAAUAUGCUUCGCACCACUGCGGUCAACGUCAUCCGUCACCUCGGCGUGGUCGGAGAGUGCAACAUCCAGUAUGCGCUCAACCCUUUCUCUAAGGAGUACUGCAUCAUUGAAGUCAACGCGAGACUUUCACGAUCCUCAGCACUCGCCUCCAAGGCAACUGGCUACCCCUUGGCUUUUAUCGCAGCCAAGCUGGGUUUGAACAUUCCCUUGAAGGACAUCACAAACACGGUUACGCGGUCAACUUGCGCGUGCUUUGAGCCCUCUCUCGAUUACGUCGUUGUGAAAAUGCCUCGUUGGGAUCUCAAGAAGUUCACUCGGGUGUCGACGCAAUUGGGCUCUUCCAUGAAGAGUGUUGGUGAAGUCAUGAGCAUUGGCAGAAGCUUCGAAGAGGCCAUCCAGAAAGCGAUCCGCGCGAUCGACUUCCAGAACCUGGGCUUUAACGACACCUCGAAUGCUCUCAUGUCGAUCGACGAUGAGCUGCAGACACCAUCGGACCAGCGUCUUUUCGCCAUCGCCAACGCCAUGCACGCCGGCUACACUGUCGACAAGAUCUGGGAGCUGACCAAGAUUGACAAGUGGUUCCUUCACAAGCUUAAGGGCUUGAGCAACUUCGGCAAAGACAUGGCACAGUAUAACACCGGCGACAUCGCUCAAAACCCCAACAUCCUGCUACAGGCCAAGAGGCUCGGGUUCUCAGAUCGUCAGCUGGCCAAGUUCUGGAACUCAAACGAGUUGGCAGUGCGUCGCUUGAGAGACGAAGCCGGCAUCAUGCCCUUCGUGAAGCAGAUCGACACGGUAGCCGCCGAGUUCCCAGCUAUGACGAACUACCUGUACCUCACCUACAAUGCCACGCAACACGAUGUCAACUUUGACGAGCAUGGUGUCAUGGUCCUAGGCUCGGGUGUCUACAGAAUCGGCUCCUCGGUCGAGUUCGACUGGUGCUCCGUCCGGGCUAUUCGCACACUCCGCGAUGCCGGCUUCAAGACCAUCAUGGUGAAUUACAACCCGGAAACGGUGAGCACAGAUUAUGAUGAAGCCGACAAGCUCUACUUCGAGAAUAUCAAUAUCGAGACGGUGCUUGACAUCUACCAGCUGGAGGCCGCAAAGGGCAUCCUCGGCGCUAUGGGUGGUCAAACUCCCAACAACAUCGCUCUGCAGCUUCACCGAGCUGGAGCCAAGAUGCUGGGAACGUCCCCUGAGAUGAUCGACUCCGCAGAGAAUCGAUACAAGUUCUCUCGUAUGCUUGACCGCAUCGGCGUCGACCAGCCGACUUGGAAGGAGUUGACUAGCUUCGACAAGGCCAAGGAAUUUUGCAACACUGUUUCCUACCCUGUCCUGGUUAGGCCUUCCUACGUGCUUUCCGGCGCCGCUAUGAACACAGUCUACUCCGAGGCAGAUCUUGAGAACUACCUCAAGCAGGCUACUGAUGUGUCACCCGAACACCCAGUCGUUAUUACAAAGUAUAUCGAGAAUGCCAAGGAGAUUGAGAUGGACGCUGUCGCCCAUGACGGUGAGCUUGUUGGCCACUUCAUCUCUGAGCACGUCGAGAAUGCCGGUGUGCACUCGGGCGAUGCCACUCUUAUCCUUCCUCCUCAAGAUCUCCAGAAGACCACCAUCGAGCGUAUCGAGGAGGCAACUCGCAAGAUCGCCGUCGCGCUGAACGUUACUGGACCGAUGAACAUUCAGUUCAUCGCAAAGGACAACGAUAUCAAGGUCAUUGAAUGCAACGUUCGAGCUUCUCGUUCAUUCCCCUUCGUCUCAAAGGUCAUGGGUGUCGACCUGAUCGAGAUGGCUACCAAGGCUAUCAUGGAGGUGCCUUUCGAGCCAUACCCAGUGGUUGAGAGGCCUGCUGGUGCUGUGGGUGUCAAGGUCCCGCAGUUCAGCUUCUCGCGUCUGUCGGGGGCUGACCCUGUACUGGGUGUCGAGAUGGCUUCCACCGGUGAGGUUGCUUGCUUCGGCGUUGACAAGUACGAGGCAUACUUGAAGGGUUUGAUGUCCACUGGUUUCAAGAUUCCCAAGAACAACAUCCUGCUCUCGCUGGGAUCUUACAAGGACAAGAUGGAGAUGCUUCCGUCCAUCAAGAAGCUGCAGGAGCUCGGAUACAAGCUCUUCGCCACAGCAGGUACGGCCGACUUCCUGCAGAAUCACGACAUCCCCGUCCAGUUCCUGGAGGCCCUGCAAGAGGACGACCAGAAAUCCGAGUUCUCUCUUACGCAGCACUUGGCAAACAAUAUGAUCGACCUGUACAUCAACCUGCCCUCCAACAACAAGUACCGUCGUCCCGCCAACUACAUGAGCAAGGGUUAUAGGACGCGAAGAAUGGCCGUCGAUUACCAGAUCCCCUUGGUUACGAAUGUGAAGAACGCCAAGAUCCUCGUCGAGGCCAUUGCCAAGCACAUGGCUCUUGACGUGAGCAUCGUGGACUACCAGACCAGCCACCGCACUGUUCUCUUGCCUGGCCUCGUCAACAUUGCAGCUUUCGUGCCUGGGAUUGUCUCGGAGAAGAGUCGCGACUUGGAGGUUGUGACCAAGGCCUCCCUCGCUGCAGGUUUCACCAUGAUUCGGACCAUGGCCGUUGGUCGGGAGGGCGCAAUCACAGAUGCGCGCUCUUUGGCUGCCGCUCAGCAGAACGGCAAGUCUGGUAUCUACUGUGACUUCAACGUGUCAGUUGCUGCCACCUCCUCGAACGCCAACCAGAUCAGCCACGUCGCCGGAGACGUAGGGGCCCUGUUCAUCCCCUUCAACCACCUGUCCGACAAUAUCAGCAAGGUUGCCGCCGUCACCGCUCACUUCGAUGCCUGGCCUUCCCACAAGCCAAUCUUGACAGAUGCCAAGCUCACCGACCUGGCAUCGAUUCUCCUCUUGGCCAGUCUUCACAACAGAAAGAUCCAUGUCACAUCCGUCACGACCAAGGAUGACAUUAAGCUCAUCGGUCUCAGCAAGCAGAAGGGGCUCAAGAUAACAUGCGACGUUUCCAUUUACUCGCUUUACUUGACACAGAAGGACUACCCUGAAUGCGAGUUCCUGCCAACCGUUGAGGACCAACGCGCCCUGUGGGAGCAUUUGAGCGACAUCGAUAUCUUCUCCAUCGGCAGUCUGCCUUAUCAGCUGGCUGCCGCUGCUGGUGCCAAGGUUGAUGCCACAGUUGGAAUCGCAGAUGCUCUUCCCCUCCUGCUCACCUCCGUCAGCGAGGGCAAGCUCACCAUUGACGAUAUCAAGAAGCGCCUGCAUGACAACCCUGUUGAGAUCUUCGAGCUGCACGACCAGACCGGCACUUUCGUGGAGGUCGAGAUCGAGCGUCCUUCUACCGUCCCCGCCGCUGCUGGCUGGUCUCCAUUUGCUGGACGUGUCAUGAGGGGAGCCGUUCAACGCAUCACUUUCCAGGACAGACUUGUGUGCCUUGAUGGACAAAUUCUUGAUGGACCCGCCAUCGGAAAGGACAUGUCGAGACACGGUGCCCUGCCGCCACCCAUGUCACCGCUGAUGAAGCCGCUUUCGCAAGCCGCCGAAACUCCACGGGGGACAGAUCGACGCUCCUCAAUGAUCGGUUCGGCGCGGCCGAUUGUGAAGCCUCGCGGCUUGGACAGUGCGCUGGGCCAGUCUUUCAAGAACUCCGUCUUUGAGGAUUUCGGCCCAUCACUGCCUCUCCAGCCCUCGCAUGAGAGUCCUCUGCAAUCGCUGCUGACCCAGCCGCACUCAUUCAAGAUGUCUCACGUCCUGUCGGUCACCCAGUACACUCGAGCCGACCUCCAUCUCUUGUUCACCGUCGCGCAGGAGAUGCGGACUGGGGUUCAGCGUGAGGGUGUCUUGAACCUGCUCAAGGGCCGCCUGCUCUGCACGAUGUUCUACGAGCCCUCGACUCGUACAUCAGCCUCGUUCGACGCCGCAAUGCAGCGCCUUGGUGGACGGACUAUCGCCAUUUCCACAUCGACCUCUUCGGUCAAGAAGGGUGAGACCCUGCAGGACACACUGCGGACUCUUGCCUGCUACGGAGACGCCGUUGUCCUGCGCCACCCCGAAGAGAGCUCAGUCAAGGUCGCGAGGAAGUACUCGCCGGUACCAGUUAUCAACGGUGGUAACGGGUCCAAGGAACACCCCACCCAGGCCUUCCUGGACCUCUUCACCAUCCGCGAGGAGCUGGGCACCGUGCAGGGCCUGACCAUCACCUUCGUCGGUGACCUGCUCUACGGCCGCCCCGUGCACUCGCUCGUCUACCUGCUCCAGCACUACCAAGUCAAGGUGCAGCUCGUCGCGCCCAAGAGCCUGUCGCUGCCGCCGCAGGUGCACGAGCAGCUCGUCAAGUCCGGCCAGCUCCUCACCGUGUCGGAGACGCUGACGCCCGAGAUACUGGCCCGCAGCGACGUCCUGUACUGCACGCGCGUGCAGCAGGAGCGCUUCCCCAGCAAGGAGGAGUACGAGAAGGUGCGCGGUGCGUACCGCAUCGACAACGCGACGCUGCAGCACGCCAAGGGCAGCAUGAUCGUCAUGCACCCGCUCCCCAGGAACGAGGAGAUCGCGGAGGAAGUGGACUUUGACCCUAGGGCGGCGUACUUCAGACAGAUGAAGUAUGGUCUCUACACCCGCAUGGCUCUCUUGGCUCUUGUCAUGUCCAACUGA